CUUUUUCAACUAUCCACAAUACACACUCGUCACAGAGUCUGCAAAACAAGACUACUGCUCAGACUUUCUUCUUCUGGAAUCGGGGAUUGUAAAAAUGGCAGCUACGUGUAUCUCUGCUGUGACCUGCUACACUUCAAGGUUGUCCAUGGUUCCCUGGAGGACGAUGAUUCAUAAUCCAUUAAAAAGUGCAAUAUGUUUAUCUCAAGCUGGACUUCAGCAGCAAAAUGAAGUACAUGUAGGUGGGUCAUGCGUUUAUGGAAAUGCUAGGUUGGACACUAUACCAAAUGACUGUAGGACUUUAGAAGAUAGAACUUGUACAAGAUAUCCAACUUUGCAUCACCAGCAGCGGCCAUCUUGCAGUUCAAUAUCCCCGGACAAUCCUCUUGGUAGAAGUUCUAUCACAUUUCCAGUACAGCAGUGUCGUUGGUUUACAAUGCAUCAUUGUCCGAAAACAUUUCCAAAUGCCUUGUGGACAGACUGUUCUAUCUUAGACUUAGCAGAUAGUAAGAGAUCCUGGAGGUUAACUUCAAGAGCUCCUGUUGGAAUAGACUCAAAGAGACAUCUUAGUCUGAGUCCAGCUGGUAUCGUCAACGCGGCUCCCACCAAGAUGCAGCCUUACCUUCGUCUCAUCAGGCUCGAUAAACCAAUAGGUACUUGGUUGUUGUACUUGCCGUGUACGUGGAGUAUAGCAAUGGCUGCCUCACCCGGUCAACUUCCUGAUCUAUACAUGUUGGGUAUCUUUGGUCUGGGAGCUUUGCUAAUGAGGGGAGCUGGCUGUAUCAUUAACGACAUGUGGGACAAGGAUUUUGAUAAAUCUGUAGAAAGGACGAAGAUUCGGCCCUUGGCAGCAGGAGAAAUCACUCAGUUUCAAGCCCUGUGCUUUCUUGCAUCUCAGCUCUCAGCAUCUCUAGCUAUCCUGCUCUCAUUCAAUUGGUACAGUGUCGCGCUUGGUGCUUCUUCAAUGCUCCUUGUGAUCAGUUAUCCACUCAUGAAGAGGAUAACCUACUGGCCUCAAGCUGUACUAGGAUUGGCAUUCAAUUGGGGAGCUGUCUUGGGUUGGGCAGCGAUCCAUGGAUCAUGUGAUUGGAGCGUUGUCCUUCCUCUCUACCUUGCCGGUAUCUCCUGGACGUUGGUCUAUGACACCAUCUAUGGUCAUCAGGACAAGAAAGACGAUAUGUUGUUGGGCCUGAAGUCGACCUCGAUCUUCAUGGGUGACAACACAAAGCAGUGGUUGAGUGCCUUCGGAAGCCUGAUGAUCUGUUGCUUGGUUCUGUCAGGGUACAAUGCAGGUCAGACAAUGCCGUAUUACCUGGCUGUAGUGCUAGCUGGAGCAAAACUCUCACACCAGAUAUGGACAGUUGACAUCAACAAGCCAGAGGAUUGCUGGAAUAAAUUCUAUUCUAACAAACGUCUAGGAUUGAUCAUCUUUGCUGGCAUCGUAGCUGGGACUUUAGCGAAGGCUAACUCAAAUAUUGAAGAGAAGACUGAUGAUCUAAAAGAAAGACUGGAAGUUUAAGAGAACUUUCUCUCAUUUGAGUUUAGUCUGUUUCCUUAAUAA